CCGGCAAUCACCCUCGCACACACAACAACUAUUGCAAGAGCGCGCUCCGUGAACGCUCUUUGCUAAACUCACUGUCGAUCGGAAGCGUGCCCUAAUCCGCGCCACCGACAUUCGCCGUGGACUCUCCCUCUCUUUUGUUUGAGAAGGGGAGUGUAACCUUUCCUCCUUCUUCGCCCACUUCAGCAACUGUACAACAACAACAUUCCGCCUCGGUCCCGUCUGGUCUUUGUUCACGGAUUUUGCCUACUGUGACACCCUUGCCACUAACCCACUCGCGCUAAUUUCCAACUAUGGCGGCCCCAGUUUCGGCUUCGGCUUCGUCAGCUUCAGUCAAGGACGAUGUCGCUUCUGACGGAACGCAUUUUCUCCAACCGCCUGCCAAUUCAUCGUCUAUCGCUUCCCAAUCUACCACAUCGAUUGGGAAGCGGUCUCGCUCCAACUCUUCGUCUUCGCAAUCGAGCAGUGCCAGCUCCAGUGGAGCCAGCUCUGUCUUUUCCCGGCCUGGCUUCGCUUUGGAGUCGUCUUACGGCGACUUUUCCUCGGCUUUGUCUUUGACUUCCUGCUCCAGCGUAUCUUCGUCGCCAGAAGCUGCCUCGCCGCAAAGCAAGGUAUUCGACGACUGUGGAGAGCAGCGGCCAUGCAAGACGCAGAAGACCAAAGGUGAUGAUACGGCGUGCCAGAACAGUAGCUGCAGCAGCACCAGCAAGCAUCUCGUCACUGCAGUUGAGGCAUGCAAGCUCGGAUCAUUGGAACCGCCUGCGCAGCCUGUGCUCACACAGCUGCGCGAGCCUUCGCCGUCUUCUCUCGCUGCUAGCGGGAGCAAGACGCUUCUGGUCGACGGCCUUGUUGACGCCACUGUCCACGUCCUGGAUUGCAUCUGGUAUGCUCCACCCACCGCGCCGGUGUGCAAGCUUCUCUGCUAUCAUGGCAACGACACUUGCACCUGCGAUGAGCAACGGGACGACUCAGACGUGGCGGAUCUGCUUAGCAAGCUGCAGUCUUUCAAGCAGAAUGAUCCUUGCGACAUGACAUGCGGCCUUCCCCUCGAUCUCUUCGUUCGCGAGACGCUGAGAAGGUCGAGGACGAGCUGCUCCACUCUUCAGGCUGCGCUUCUCUACAUCUUGCGCAUUGCUGCGAAAGCUCGACAAGCGCGAUUGGACAAGGCUUCCUCUCCCUACAUCUGCCCACGGCGCAUGUUCUUAGCCGCGAUCUUGACGUCGUCCAAGUUCCUCCAGGAUCGCACCUACUCGAACAAGGCUUGGUCACGGAUCUCGGGCCUGCCCGUUCCCGAACUGAGCCACCUCGAGCGCUCCUUCCUCAAGGGCAUCGACUUUUCCCUCUAUGUCAAGGACGAGGAGUGGCAAAGCCUGACGACGUGGCUGCGCGACGGCAUUGCCGCAAGAAGCGGCAGCGCCGGUCGCUCCGAUGCAGGCCUUGUUGGCAGAAAGGGACUGGAGCGAACGCACAGCGAAGUCAUCGUGGGCACUUCGUGGGACCGAAGCGAGCCCAAGAAUGUCUUCACGCUUGACUGCCAGAUUCCUGAGCCAUCGAUGCCUGACUCGCCAUCAGAAGUUUCAGCAUCGCAGGGUCACAAUCUGCUGGCGGCUGCCAUUCUUGGCAAUCGCCACAGUCGGAUGACGUCGAAUGACUCGACACCAACAGUGUGCGCCUCUCCCGCAUCGCUGCAUAGCAAUGGCACACCGACUUUGGAGCCAAAGCGCACCAUUGACGUGCCCUUGGCGUUCCCUCUCCGCCGGCAUCAGCAGCAGCGCCCCCAACGAAACGGCGGGCUACGCGCCGGGAGGAGCGUCUCCAGCAAUAUUGUUCAUGGGAUUCGUCUUUGAUGGUGUCGUCUUCUCUUGCCGUCUCGCGGAUUGGAU